GGUCCCAGCAAAUUGCCUGAAAUAAAAGACAGAUAUAGAGAGGUACCACCGAGCGUACAAGCAAGUUCGGCCGAGAAUACCUCGGUAUCUAGCUAUAAAGUCUCGCAGCCGAAUCACGACACUAUAAGGAAUAAUCUAUCUAUAGAGCCCUUCCAACCCGUACUUAAGAUAUUGAAAUAG